CCCGCGCCCCGCGCGCGAAAAGCCGCUACCAUCACAUGCUCUGUAGCUACUCCCCCAAUCUUAAUCAAUUGAUUCCUUCUCAUACUACUUCCACUCAAAUGCCAAUCGUCCAGUUACGCUCGGAUGACAAGUCCCAUUCGGCCAUCGCCAACAUCAGUCAGGCUCAACUCUCGUAUCCACAGUACUCCAAAAUCAUCCUUCUUCUUCAUGGAUUCCCCGAUACAAACGCGAGCUUCGAUGAAUUUACCCCUAAACUCAUUGCCAACCUCCCGGCCCUGGAGAAAAUUGCUGUGGUGGCUCCGCUUCUACGGGGCUACGAGCGGUCGAGCCAGACAGACUUUUCCCGCUAUCGUACGGUAGACCUAGCCCUUGAUAUCAAAAAUUUUCUUACCCAGAACUUCUCCUACACACGGGAAACCACCACGAUUCACUUGGUGGGCCACGAUUGGGGCGCCAUAUCAUGCUUUAAGGCAGUCAGUCUCUAUCCGGACAUGUUUGAUUCGGUUUCCACGUUGGGAAUCCCAUAUCUUUCAAACCUUCAUGUGUGGGACCUUUUUCUCUACGCACUGGAGCAGUUAUGGUAUCUGUCAUAUUUUUUGACCAUGCAGUGGAGACUGUUGUACGGCCGGAUUGACACGGAGCAUACAGAAAGCUCGUACCUCAACCGGUUGUGGGAGUUUUGGUCUCCGAGGUGGAACUACCUGAAUCAUGAUAUUGAACAGGUGAGAACAAUGUUACAAAACAAUGGAGUGUUGGACCAUGCUACGGCCUACUACCGGUGUCUUUUGGAUCCUCGGAACUUGAAGAGUAUACGGUGGAAGAUAGACUUUGAAAAGGUGCCAGUACUUUUGGUGGGAGGUAAAUUGGAUGGGUGUAUGACGAUUCGGUUGUAUGAGCUUGAGAAGAAGAGGUUGGAGUCUACGAGUGCCAGGGUGGAGGUGGUAGAGGGAGCGGGUCAUUUUUUGCACCGGGAGGCACCUGCAAAGGUUGCAGAUCUUGUGGCAGAUUGGAUCCUUGAGCAUUCGUAAUUCAUGUGGCACUGAUGGGGCAAUGGUAGAUUGUGGCAGCUAGUGAAAGAUGUGUGUUGUAUGACAGUCGUCACAUUGAAGACAGUCGUCACAUUGAAGAUAGUCAUCUCACAAACUUCUUGUGGCUGCAAAUUCAGUGAACAUGAGUCGACAGCAAUGCAACAUGCCAUUAUCCCGUUCGUUCUUUUUCUAAACUAUAUUACACAUUUCUUCCGGUAUUCUAUUCUCUCACUUACAUAUGCAGUGGUUAGAGUUUAUUGCUAUACGUUUUCGAAAUAAAACUUCUGUUCCCUCUUUG